AUGUCAGGACCAACACCAACCUCGCGUUCACGCGCUCCUCCACAGGGCGAUGAAGAAGCUUCGAGCGAAUUAAAGUUGGGCGAGUUCCAAGAUGUCGACGCGCUGACGCACAGUGAGGCGGCUCUCGUAAUUAAUGCAUUGAUGGCGAAGAGACGGAUGGGCGGCAAGGAUCGGAUUGGCGAGACAGAAAUGCUCCUAAAAACGACCGAGUACCUUGAUCAUUUCGCGCGCUUUAAGCGGAAGGAAAAUGUGGAAGCAGUUGAACGUCUGCUCUCAGCCCACAAAGAAUUGGCCAAAUUUGAGCGCGCACAACUCGGAAGUCUCUGUUGCGACACAGCCGAAGAAGCUAAAACGUUGAUUCCAAGUCUCCAAGACAAGAUAGGCGAUGACGAACUCCAAGAACUACUCGACGAAAUCACGAAGCUGAUGGGCUAUGGAAAUUAG